UCUGGAGUUUCUUAAGCCGCGCAAGUUAAGGACUCUGUGCGACAAGCUAACGGUAACCAUUAAUGCACCUCCAAAUUGCAAUCAAUUCAUGUGCUGCUCUUUGGUUGUAUUUACAGCUACUCACCAUGCCUCGAGAUUUGGGCCCCCCAAAAGGUCGCGACAAGUAUGUCUCCGUGGCUACACCACACAAGUCGCCCAUGAAAGUCCCUCUAAAUGAUGACCGGAGGGAAAAGGCCAACCGCAUGCAAUCUCGACAAGCCCUCCAUGAGGUCCAAAUGAACCAAAUACGCGCGGCCGCGACGCCCAUGCGGAAGCGACGGUCGUUCCUCGGGACCAGUCCGCGGACUCCAGGCGACGAUGGACCCAGUGUCGGCGGAAACGCGGUGACUCCGAUGAAGCGGGUGCCGAUCCUGGCCAAUUUCGAAGAAUGGAUGAAGAUGGCGACGGACAACAAGAUCAACGCGCAGAACUCCUGGAACUUCGCGUUGAUCGAUUAUUUCCAUGACAUGUCGCUGCUGAGGGAGGGCGACGGUGUGAACUUCCAGAGGGCGAGUUGCACGCUGGACGGAUGCGUGAAGAUCUACACGAGUCGCGUGGACAGUGUCGCGACGGAAACCGGGAAGCUGCUGAGUGGCCUGGCGGAGAGCAGGAGUAAAGACAGCAAGGGUCGGGGAACGGACGGAGAAGACGCCGAUGGUUCCGAUGGUUCCGAUGAGGAAGGAGAGAGAAAGAAAUCAAGGAAGAAGACGCAACGGUCAUCAGAGGCUACAUUGGUCAACUCCUUUGCUCAACUACAGCUAAAGAAGAUGGAGCUCGAGUUCUCGGUCGACCCGCUGUUUAAAAAGGCCUCAGCUGAUUUUGAUGAGGGUGGUGCGAAAGGACUCUUGUUAAACCAUCUCGGUAUCGAUACUGAAGGCAGGAUUGUCUUUGACAGCAGCGAUGAUGUUCGGGAAACGGAGCCGCAAAACGAAGCCGGAAUGGUGUCGGAUGCCGAGGCCGAGAACUUGCCGGGGGAAGAUGGAGAUACUUUGAUGCAGGACGCAGACGCUGAGCAGCUCGAGGAGCCAGUGGAAGAGCCGGCAGUAGAGGUUGAUAUUGCCGGUUUGGGGGCGAAAUUCUUUCCAAACCUCGCAAUUCUGGAUGAGCAGGAUAUCUGUCCCUCGUUUAAAGACUUCAGCCUUGGCGAUCCGAAUGGAUCGCUUUCACUACCUAUUUUGAAGGGUGCGGAUGACUGGAAACAACAGAAGAGAGACACUACUCCGGGCGCUUCAGGGGGCUUCCUUGAUGGCGAUAACCCAAUGGGUUUUGACGACGACGACGACGACGCACUUGGGUUCGACCUGCCGGGCGACGUGGGGUUCGGAGAGGGCGGCGAGGCCUGGGCAAGAGAAGCCGCGCUCGACGUCCAGAUGCGGCCGCAUGACGGUUUAGCUGAUGACGACGAGGCGAACGGCAAUGUCGGUACCUUCGAGGUCGGAAAGCCGCAGUACGGGGUUAUCCUACAACACGGCGUCGAUGACCAACAGGCGAACAUCUUGAAUUACUUCGACGAGGCCCUUCAGAAGAACUGGGCCGGGCCGGAACACUGGAGGAUCCGACGAAUUAAGGAUGCUGCAAAGGCAGCGAACGCCGGCCCGACGAAGCGGAAGGAACGGGAACCUUUCGAAAUCGACUUCGCUGCUCCAAUGUCACAAGCGAUGGCGGACGGGCUAUAUACGACAGCGGCAUCCAUUUCCUCGAUCACGCUACCGAAAGCGCAAUGGAAAUCGAAGUCCAGAAAUCUCCUUCCUGAUGACAAGCAUUUUAGCUCCCGACAGCUGCUACGACUCUUUCUCAAACCAAAGGCGGAGAUGGGCUCCUUACGGCCGUCGGGUGGCCGCCUAACCGCAGACCAGGCUUCAUCGAACGCCAACCUCGACGAGGAAUUCUGGGCACGGAAGAACGAAGAGGCCGCAGCUGCGAGUGCCGAGGAAAUGGCAGCUCGAGGCGACUAUGAUGCCGAUUUCUUCCAGGACGAUGGCCUCGGCGCGGUGGGGAUGGAUGACGAUGACGACGGCUUGGAGUUCGCGGAUGCGAGGGACCAUUUCUCUCCCGACAUUGCAGAGGGCGUGGGGAAUGGGAUUGCGCCCCUGGGCGAGGCACUCAACGGUCACCAGGAGGGAGCGUUUGGUACACAGCUCGUGACUCAAAGUCGGCGGUUGCGGCCGGAGUACGUUCAAUAUGCUCGAGUAGCGAAAAAGGUGGAUGUACGGCGGUUGAAAGAGGAGAUGUGGAGGGGAAUUGGGUUCGAGGAAGCUUUGGCUCCUACCGAAAAUCCAUCAAGACCUACUCAAAAACCCCUUGCGACUGCCCAGGAGGAUACUUUGAUGUUCACCGACGUCAUCAACAACCUGCAGACGGUGUAUCCCAAACAAGCGAUGGCGGAUAUCUCGACCUCCUAUUGCUUCAUCUGCCUCCUUCACCUGGCCAACGAGAAAGGGCUGAUCAUCAACAACGAGGAGAACUUCGAGGAUUUGUCAAUACGGAGGGAUUUCGCGGCGGAUAUCUCGGACGGAUGAGACUAGAUUCGGGACAUUCACAACACAUUGUUCGGCGCUUGGGGGAUCGGGGCAGGUUCCGUUCGGGGUUAUGAUUGUAUGUCUGAUGAGCCAUUUCUGAAUACAAUGAGCCUUUCUAGGCAUCGUGCUAUUCUUGCUCCUGCAUGGUUACAGGACAUGCGAACCCGAUGAUGGCAGGGAGUUUCAGGUGAAAAUGUCUCAAGGGGUAUCCCUUUUGAGGCAUCGUGUAUCGCGACAUAAAUACCACUGUCCGCACCCUCUUAACUCCCCAUAACCCUCUU